GCAGUCUGUGUGAGUCUUCAUAUCUCUGAGUGUGUACACAUAGUGGAGAGGGUGGAGCCUGCCAUCCUCAAAUCUGAAAAGAUUGAGAGAUUUCGGAAGGCCCAGAUGUGCCAAAGGUCAGAGGGAUCAAUAUACAGACCCUACCACGGGAAGGGGGGGGGGAGAUUCCAAUAGAAGACCGCUGCAAAGGGGAAGCCAGUGAGAGGUGCAAAUGUGGAUUUGAGGGUAGCUUCCCUUCCACCCUCCACCCCUAGCCCCAUCCCUUGCAAUUUAAUCCCAUGUUCACCAGGAACCUUAACCUCGUCAUUUUAAAAAAUGAGAUAUCCGUGACCCGGGGUGAACUUGUUGAGUGUAGGUACAGCGGAGGAAAUUCUAGCCUCUGAGCGCCGGAGCCUUGUCCAGCGCAAUCCCUCGGUGUACGGCGGUCAGGGCCCCGCCGGGCCCACCUGCGAGCGGCCCCCGGGUGCAGCGCGCCUGGUCCGCCCGCCUUGACCUCGGGCGCAGCAUCCGGGCCGGCGGUGCUGGGCCAAGCGGCCCGGCCUUGCCCGCUAACUAGUCUCGCUCGCUCGCUCCCGGCUGUCGCCCUCCCACCCUCUGCCCCCUCCCCUCACCUCACUUUUCCAGAUUUCUCCUCAGUCAUGCCCCCCCCCCCCCCCCCCCGCCCACCUCCACUCCAGCCUUCUGUGGGUCCCUCACCGCCCCCACCCCCCGGUCUCGCAACCCCUCGUUUCUGUGACCUCUUCCUUCAACCCUGCAGGUCUGGAAGAAGGUCACACGCAGGCACACUCACACACCCCACACGCAUCGUCCCAAACAAACCCACGCAUCCUGUCCUUUGUUCCAUUUCUUGGGCCACUUUCCCUGUCCCUUCCUCUCUGGCCGUCCUGGUUUGCUCCCCGGGAGUACGGUUCGGUCUCCCGGCGCCCGGGCCCGCCCCCUCUGAUUUAUUAGCGCUCCCGGUCUGGCGCAGAUUCCUCUUUCCUCGCCUGCACCCAUCCUCCCUUCUCGUCCUCCUCUCCACAGUGGGAGUGCGUGCGCCUGCCGCUCGGCGGCUCCUGUCUGAGCGCCCUGCCGGCUCCCUCGCCCGCUUUCGCUCUCCCGGGCUCUUUCCCCGGUUCCCGACUCCUCGGCCCGCCGCAUCCACCUCCCUCUCCUGCCUGGCUUCCCGUGGCCCCUGCCGCUCCCCCCGCGCCCGCCCGAGAGCCCUGCUGUCCCUUGAUCGCCCGCCGCGAAGCCGGGCUCGGCCGCCCGCCCGCACGCCGGCCACUGUGCAGUGGAGUUUGGUGGAAUCUCUGCUGACGUCACGUCACUCCCCUCACGGAGUCGGAGCCGAGGGAAGAGAGAGGGAUGAGAGCGAGGGAGGGGAGAGAGAGUGCGAAACCGAGCGAGAAAGCUGGAGAGGAGCAGAAAGAAACUGCCAGUGACGGCUAGAUUCCGGAGGCCACCGCGCACCCGUGGACGCCCUGGGAACUUGGCACCCCGGGAGCCCCGCAGCCCCCUCGGCCCGGCUUUCGGGCGCCUGCGGUGCAGCCAGCGCCUCGGCUCGCUGGAAAUCUCCCCGGGAAGCGGCGGGACGCGGAGACAGCAGCUCUCUCCUGUAGCCGAUAACGGGGCAUGGAGACCAACUGCCGCAAACUAGUGUCAGCGUGUGUGCAAUUAGGCGUGCAGCCGGCGGCCGUUGAAUGCCUCUUCUCCAAAGACUCCGAAAUCAAAAAGGUUGAGUUCACCGACUCUCCCGAGAGCCGGAAAGAGGCGGCCAGCGGCAAGCUCUUCCCGCGGCAGCAUCCCGGCGCCAAUGAGAAAGAGAAGAGCCAGCAGGGAAAGAAUGAGGACGUGGGCGCCGAAGACCCGUCCAAGAAGAAGCGACAAAGGCGGCAGCGAACUCACUUCACCAGCCAGCAGCUGCAGGAACUGGAGGCCACUUUCCAGAGGAACCGCUACCCGGACAUGUCCACGCGCGAAGAAAUCGCCGUGUGGACCAACCUUACGGAAGCCCGAGUCCGGGUUUGGUUCAAGAAUCGCCGGGCCAAAUGGAGAAAGCGGGAGCGAAACCAGCAGGCCGAGCUGUGCAAGAAUGGCUUUGGGCCGCAGUUCAACGGGCUCAUGCAGCCCUACGACGACAUGUACCCGGGCUAUUCGUACAACAACUGGGCCGCCAAGGGCCUCACGUCGGCCUCCCUGUCCACCAAGAGCUUCCCCUUCUUCAACUCCAUGAACGUCAACCCCCUGUCGUCGCAGAGCAUGUUCUCCCCGCCCAACUCCAUCUCGUCCAUGAGCAUGUCGUCCAGCAUGGUGCCCUCAGCGGUGACCGGCGUCCCGGGCUCCAGCCUCAACAGCCUGAAUAACUUGAACAACCUGAGCAGCCCGUCGCUGAAUUCCGCGGUGCCGACGCCCGCAUGUCCUUAUGCGCCGCCAACUCCUCCGUACGUUUAUAGGGACACGUGUAACUCGAGCCUGGCCAGCCUGAGACUGAAAGCGAAGCAGCACUCCAGCUUCGGCUACGCCAGCGUUCAGAACCCGGCGUCCAACCUGAGCGCUUGCCAGUACGCGGUGGACCGGCCCGUGUGAGCCGCGCCCACGGCACCGGGAUCCUAGGACCGUGCGGGAUGGGGCUGCUGCCCUUGAAAGGCUGGGAAUUACCUAGAAGGUCGUGGGCACUAAAGAAAGGGAGAGAAAGAAAAGCUAUAGAAAGGAAAGGAAACCACUGAAUUAAAGAGAGCGCUCCUUUGAUUUCAAAGGAAUUUCCUCAAUGUCUGACAUCUUUCACUAAAAGUAUUUCCAACAGUUGCAAGGACACACACAAAUGUUUGACUGGAUAUGACAUUUUAACAUUACUAUAAGCUUGUUAUUUUUUAAGUUUAGCAUUGUUAACAUUAAAAUGACUGAAAGGAUGUAUAUAUAUCGAAAUGUCAAAUUAAUUUUAUAAAAAGCAGUUGUUAGUAAUAUCACAACAGUGUUUUUAAAGGUUAGGCUUUAAAAUAAAGCAUGUUAUACAGAAGGGAUUAGGAUUUUUCGCUUGCGAGCAAAGGAAUGUAUAUACUAAAUGCCACACUGUAUGUUUCUAACAUAUUAUUAUUAUAAAAAAUGUGUGAAUAUCAGUUUUAGAAUAGUUUCUCUGGUGGAUGCAAUGAUGUUUCUGAAACCGCUAUGUACAACCUACCCUGUGUAUAACAUUUCGUACAAUAUUAUUGUUUUACUUUUCAGCAAAUAUGAAAAAAUGUGUUUUAUUUCAUGGGAGUAAAAUAUACUGCAUACAAAUUGGUC